GAAAUUUCCUUAUCAGCUGGCUGUAAAUACAGGAUGACGAUGUUUUGAUGAUACGCAGACGUUUAUUGUCUGUUUUUUCUACGUUAGCUGCCUUUUAACGCACAGCACAUGACGAAAACUGUUAUUUGUCACGAGCAGCGUGUCUGUUUUAGUCGGAGCAAAGGUCAGCGCAGCUGAUGUGACGCAUUGUCUCACACACAUUCACACCGAAUUUAAACGAUGGACGGAGCUGUUGCCGACCUGGGCGCCGUCCUGCGGCUGUCCUACGGCAUGGGACACGUUCUCAACGAUGUGUGCGCCUCGAUGUGGUUCACCUACCUGCUGGUCUUCUUCCACCUGGUCCUGCGGUUCAGCGCGGCCAACGCAGGCCUCCUGAUGCUGGUGGGCCAGGUAGCCGACGCCGUCUGCACGCCCUUCGUCGGCCUCGAGGUGGACAGGGGCCCCAACGGCUGGCCCUGCGGCUGCCUUUCCAGGCGCGGAUUCGGACACCGCAAAACCUGGCAUUUAAUCGGUACUUUGUGCACGCUGGCGAGUUUUCCCUUCAUUUUCACGCCGUGCAUCGGCUGCGAGGCGAGCCACGAGUGGGCCCAGCUCAUUUAUUACUCGGCCUUUGUGGUCAUCUUCCAGUUUGGCUGGGCGUCCGUCCAAAUUUCGCACCUCUCGCUCAUUCCGCACCUCAGCCCGCAUGAGCACCAACGCACAAAACUCAUCGCCGUCAGGUACUCUUUUACUGUGAUCUCCAACAUUUUCGUCUACGUGAUAACCUGGGCCGUGCUGCACCUGACCAGCGACAAGACUGACGACCAGGUCGGACCUCAGGACAUGUACAAAUUCCAGAACAUUGUUGUGAUUUGCCUGGCGGUGGGGGCCGGCUGCUCGGUUUUCUUCCACUGCGGCACGACGGAGCCGGUGACCACGGAAAGCGGCGUCCGAGAAGAAGGCGCGGUCGAGAUGAGGCUCAAGAUGUCUCCCAAGAAGUUUUUGGCUGUGCCGCAGUUUUACCAGGUUGCCCUGGUUUACAUGUGCACCAGACUCUUCGUCAACCUGAGCCAGGUGUACAUGCCGCUGUAUUUGCACGACUCGCUCAAAGUGACCGCAGAGGAGCUGGCCAUCGUUCCCCUGGUCAUGUUUCUCUCCAGCUUUGUCUGCAGUUUCGUCGUCGGACACAUGAACAAAUUCUUUGGAAGAAAGAUUUCUUAUUUGGUUGGCGGCUGUCUUGGUGUUGCGGCGUGCGCGCUGGUGUACCUGGGCAAGGGCGCCUUCUACCUGAAUUACGGGGUGUACGGCGUGGCCGCGCUGUUCGGCGCGAGCAGCUCGGUGCUGCUGGUGACCAGUCUGGGCGUGACUGCCGACCUCAUCGGCCAGGACAAACACAGCGGCGCCUUCGUCUACGGCGCCAUGAGCUUCACCGACAAGCUGUCCAACGGACUCGUCGUCACCGCCAUCCAAAGCUUAAAGUGUCUGUCCGGGUGUCCCGACUACUACCGCAACAUGCUGUCCAUCGUGUGCGGCGGCUCCGUGGCUGUCGGCGUGCUGGCCUUGCUCCUCCUCUGGCCUCGAAACUCAAUUGAAUACACCGCAAUUCAGGAGGAGCAAGUCGAGGCUGAGGAGGCGAACCACUCGAUCCAGGAGCAGUGAAAGAGACAGACACAAUUCGUCCAGUUGCCAUUGAUGAUCACGUAUUUAUUUUCGUAAAAUUAUUAAUAAACCAGGUUUAAUCGCAAGGAAAUGAAACGAG